AUGACUGACUAACACUUCAGUGGCAGAUCCAGCGGCGGCUACGGCGGCGGCAGCCAAGGCGGUUACUCUGGCGGUGGUCAGGGCGGCUACGGCGGUGGCGGUCAGGGCGGCUUUGGUGGUGGCAGCUACGGCGGCGGCCAGGGCGGCGACAGAAUGGGCCAGCUCGGUGCCGGCCUCAAGAACCAGCAGUGGGACAUGACCUCUCUUCCCAAGUUCGAGAAGUCCUUCUACAAGGAGGCACCCACGGUUGCCGAGCGCACUCAGGCCGAAGUCGACGAGUUCCGCAAGACUCACCAAAUCGCCAUCCAGGGAAAGAACGUCCCCAAGCCCGUCGAGACCUUCGAUGAGGCUGGUUUCCCCGGCUACGUUAUCAACGAGGUCAAGGCCCAGGGCUUUGCCAACCCCACCCCCAUUCAGUCUCAGGGCUGGCCCAUGGCUCUCUCUGGUCGCGAUGUCGUCGGUAUUGCCGAGACCGGUUCCGGAAAGACCCUCACCUACUGUCUUCCUUCGAUCGUCCACAUCAACGCCCAGCCUCUCCUCUCUCCCGGUGAUGGUCCCAUCGUCCUCAUUCUUGCUCCCACCCGUGAGCUCGCUGUCCAGAUCCAGGCUGAGGUUAACAAGUUCGGCAAGUCAUCCCGCAUUCGCAACACCUGUGUCUACGGUGGUGUCCCCAAGGGUCAGCAGAUCAGAGAUCUCGCUCGCGGUGUCGAGGUGUGUAUUGCCACCCCUGGCCGUUUGAUCGAUAUGCUCGAGUCUGGCAAGACCAACCUCCGCCGUGUCACCUACCUCGUUCUCGACGAGGCCGACCGUAUGCUCGACAUGGGUUUCGAGCCCCAAAUCCGCAAGAUCAUCAGCCAGAUUCGCCCUGACCGUCAGACUUGCAUGUGGUCCGCUACCUGGCCCAAGGAGGUCCGCGCUCUCGCCCAGGACUUCCAGCACGACUUCAUCCAGGUCAACGUCGGUUCCAUGGACCUUUCCGCCAACCACCGCAUUACCCAGGUCGUCGAGGUUGUUUCCGAGUUCGAGAAGCGCGACAAGAUGAUCAAGCACCUCGAGAAGAUUAUGGAGGACAAGGACAACAAGUGCCUGAUCUUCACUGGCACCAAGCGUGUCGCCGACGAGAUCACCCGCUUCCUCAGACAAGAUGGCUGGCCAGCACUGUCUAUCCACGGUGACAAGCAACAACAGGAGCGUGACUGGGUCCUCAACGAAUUCAAGCAGGGCAAGAGCCCCAUCAUGGUUGCCACCGAUGUGGCUUCGCGUGGUAUUGAUGUUCGUAACAUUACCCACGUCCUCAACUACGACUACCCCAACAACUCUGAGGACUACAUCCACAGAAUCGGCCGUACCGGUCGUGCUGGUGCCAUGGGUACUGCCAUCACCUUCUUCACCACUGAGAACUCUAAGCAGGCUCGCGACCUCGUUAACGUCUUGGCCGAAGCUAAGCAGAACAUCGACCCCCGUCUCGCCGAGAUGGUCCGCUACGGUGGUGGCGGUGGUGGCCACGGUCGCUGGGGUGGUGGUCGUGGACGUGGUGGCGGUGGCCGCGGCCGUGGCGGUCAUGGUGGUGGUCACGGUGGCGGCUUCACCAGCUCCAACAACGCUCCCCUUGGUCGUGACUCUCGCUGGUAGAUGAUACCCCUUUUGCAUUCUGUUUUCAUGCCUUUCUGGUUUACGGCGUAUCGACUCUUAUGAGUCCUGGUUUCCCUGGUAUGGGACCACCCAAAAGAAGAAUUGUGUUUUAGUUUUCUUUAACAGUGCAUGCUAAUAUGGCGGGCAUGGAGUUAUUCAUGACGGAGAUGGGUUUUUCAGGCAUAGGGAUUAGAUUGCGUUGUUGCCCAUAAUGCCUUUUUAUCAAUGAAAAGAAUAGAGUCUAACUUGAUCAAUCAUCACCUAAUGCCAUUGUGUUCAUACACAAGUGAAUGGU